GGCGGAACAUCUUCGUCGCGAACGGGAACGCGAGCUGCCCGGUGUGGUAACGGCGUGUAGAGAAGAAACAAGAAUCAAGUGUGGAAAUAUAUUAUUAAUGUCUAUGCCAGCUAUAUCACAGCAAAUCACUUCCGUUUAAUCACGUGAAAAGACAAAGUAAUUUAAACAAAAAGAGAUUGCUAGUGCCUUCUAGCCAUUUUAAGAAAUUAAAAGUAUUCCGUUAAUAAAAUAGUACUACGUACGGAGUCCCACACCAUUCGGAUAUUUUCCGGCUGCGGAGACAUCCGUGUAUUUCCACGAUAAGACACAGACACGUUCCGGUAAGUUGCAGUCGCACGAUGACCGCGACCACGACCGCGCCAAGGUAAACGCUAGCAAGGAGGUCACGGCGCCGGUGAAUUGUGUUAAGUGCGCCAAGCGACUUAUCCAACGAGGUCCGCGAGAAAUCUCGUCAUUAGUAGUGUACACGACGGUGAACGCAGAACGACAUACGUCCGGCGAUAUAGCAUUUACACAAUUGAUUUCGCCACAAAAAAGAUACAAAAAGAAAUUACGUCUGCAGUCGUAAUAAAGUUUCCGGAACAAGACGAAAUAAUAAGAUAAUAAGAAGACUGCCGGGAUGCUGCACGAGGAGCUAUUGAGCUCCAGCUAACACGUGGCGAUUACGCGCACACUCCGCAGUUGCAAGGGCAGGACGGUGUUUCGUCGUGAGAGGCUGGGACCUCCAGGAUGCCAGGGGUGUGGAAGUUGCUACAUACGCUGAUCUAUAUGAUGGUUGGCUUGAGGAGCGUCAGUAGCAACAGCGACAUUUGGCCGCUGGAGAGGCCAGAGGGCAUGCCGGCCAUUCAAUCUUUGGAGGUGAUGUGCGGAAAAGAUCAUAUGGACGUCCAUCUCUCGUUCUCGCAACCCUUUGAAGGUAUCGUCUCGUCCAAAGGCCAACACGCGGACCCACGUUGCAUCUAUGUCCCACCGUCCACCGGACAGACGUUCUUUUCCUUCCGGAUAGCUUACGCGAGAUGCGGUACAAAACCGGACAUGCAUGGGCAAUUUUAUGAGAAUACCGUGGUGGUUCAGUACGAUAAAGACUUACUCGAGGUUUGGGAUGAGGCUAAACGACUGCGAUGCGAGUGGUUCAACGAUUAUGAGAAAACCGCGUCGAAACCACCGAUGGUUAUCGCGGACCUCGACGUGAUACAGUUGGAUUUUAGAGGUGACAACGUGGACUGCUGGAUGGAAAUUCAGCACGGCAAGGGUCCAUGGGCGCCACCCGUGUCCGGUAUCGUGCCGCUCGGCUCUACUCUUACUCUGGUCGUCGCCAUAAACGAUUAUCGAGGUGAGUUCGACAUGCGGGUCAAGUCGUGCGUGGCUUCAGACGGCGGCGGUCACACGAUACAGCUCAGCGACGAGUUUGGCUGCGUGCUAAGACCGAAGAUGAUCAGCCGGUUCUUGAAAGCGCGCGGCUCGGAUGAUCGCGCGACCGUCAUCACGUACGCCUUCUUCCACGCGUUCAAAUUCCCGGAUGCGUUAAGCGUUCAUAUCAAAUGCAAGGUGGAAAUAUGCCGGCACGGUUGUCUGGAUCAUUGUCAACUGAGUGGCUCGAUAGCUCAUUAUAUUCAAGAAAGAAAGGAUCACAUACGGCCACAGUAUAUAGAUAGUACGGCAGCUUCUGUUCUUUCCAAUGACGAUAGACCAGACAGCGCGGACAGAGACAACGAAGACGCGGGUGGCAAUGUGGAGCAGGCAGAUGGUUCUCUGUACGACGAUGUCAUUCAGAAUGGCGAUGAAAUGACGUCGAUCGGCGGACAUUUCUUAGACGUUGAAAAGUCGAUUCCGAAAGCGCAGGCACAGACGAGUAACCGAUUACCGCCGGCUGUGAUCGAAACGCAAACGCAAGACGACAGCAAGAUGAUCCAGCCGGAUGAUCACGAUGUCGAUUUAUCAAAACCAUUUAUGGAAAGAGAACCGUCGCGAGUGAAUAGGUAUGAGAGCGAGCAGGACCAAUUCCCGCAUGGACCACGGAAUCUGGAGGAGGACGGCGCGGGUGCGGGCGCGGGCGUGGGCGCGGUACCAGUGACGCCGCUCUCUGCCGGCGUCACCCGUCGAAAACGCUCGGUGACGGUGACGGACAGGAAAGCGCGUAGCGCCGACGUCGGCGUCAGCGGUAUUUACGAGGUCAUCUCCGAGGCGGAUCUGGCUUUUAGUCCAGACACGCACGCCGAGGCGGUGACAGUUUUUCAGGGCAGGAUACGCGAGGAGGUCGUUUACGGGAUCUGUCUGCCAAUGCCAGGUUUCAGCGCGCUUUUCAUCGUCGUCGCGCUCUCGGCGAUCGUUUCCGCCCUCGUUGCAGGCGCGAUGCUGCAUCGGCUACAAGCGCAGCGGGACGUCGCCGCCCGCGCCGGCAGCAGGGAGAACAAUCAAACCGGAGUACACGCCAACAACAACGGCUGGCUGCCUUACGGUCUGCUCCGCGUGCGCUGCACGGCGCGACCCACUCAUCAUUCCGACGAGCUGCAGCAACAGAAGCAGCCGAACGCAAUAGCUUCACAGGUUGCUGCAGAUUCAUCGGUUGAGCGAGGCUGA